AUGGAACAAGCAACUCCGGUGUGGAAGCAUCAACAUGGGUCAUCAACAUGGACCCUCACGAGCUCACGCCUCGUGAAAAGUAUCUUCUUGGCCGUGAUGAUGCUUCUAGCGGUUCUCACCCUGUCACUUGCCAACGCAUCAUCCUCACCCAGAUCCAUUCCUUUCGUCUCUCUCAUUCACGAAGAGAAUGCUCGUUCCUCCCACGAACAAACCACUCGUUCCUUCCAACUCAAUCAUGAAAACAAUUUAAUGAACAACUUGAAUCAAUUACAAACUCUCAUGAAUCGAAGAGAAAUGAUUUCUUCCAUUGUCUCUCCUCCUUCUUCCAUGAAGAGAGAUGAAAAUAUGGAUUCCGAAACCAUGAUUGUGAAACAACUCGAUGAACCUCGUAGUCAAUUUAUUAUCAAAUUGAAACAUCAAGCAACACAUUCACAACAACAACAUGAAUUUGUUCAAUCGGUCAUCCAAUCUGGAAAACCUUUGGGUUAUGGUGAUGUGUUUUCUGUGGUCAUGAAAACUUCAGAAAUCAUUACUCAUACGAGUGCAUUGAACAACAUGUUGGAUGACAAACCCAUUGAAUGGAUUGCUGAAUAUGAACCAAGAUUCAAGAGUGAUUUGAAUUUUCCAAAAAUUCAACAAUUAGCUCUCGAACAAAUGAAUUUGGAAAAUCAUGUCAAGAACUCGGAGAGUACUACUACUAGUACUACUCGUGUCUCAGACAACAAUAAUAUUAAUAAUACUGAUGAAGACGUCGACCAUGACAACUUGUUUGUGCCAGUUAUUAUUACCAUUCUUCCUUCUCUAGAUGCUGUACGUGUGAACAAGGAACUUGAAGAGGCCAAACUCAUUGCUUCUGAAUUGAAUUUGAAAUUCUCUCAAUUAUUUCCUUCGAACAACAACAACAAGAAGAUGCUUUCUCAAAUUCAUGUCACUGAUCAGAACAAACUUGAAAUGAGUUUCUCUCCUCUCAUUGCUCAACAAGUGGGUGAAAUUUUGAAAAAUCAUCCUCAUGUACAUUUCAUUGAGAGAAGACAUGUUUAUCAAUUGUUUAAUAAGAAAUCAAGUGUCAUAAUGCAAGGUUAUGGUCCUUCUCCAAGUGUAGGAAUGUCUGCCGUUCCUUUUUAUGAAAUGGGAAUUUUAGGAAAUGGACAAAUUGUCGGAGUUUCAGAUACAGGCAUUGAUUGGGAUAAUUGUUUAUUUAGAGAUGCUUUGAAUCCAACCGUGAGAACCAAUACUCUCAAUUUUGAUCAUCGCAAAAUUGUGAAAUAUGAUACUGUGAGUGUUUAUUCCGGUUGGACCACUUACACUUCGGAUGGUCACGACGGAGUGGAUGGUCACGGAACUCACGUCGCCGGUUCUGUGUGUGGCAGUAUUCAAAAUAUGACGUAUGAUUCAAGUGUCAAUCCAAUCAAUGAGUAUCAUGGAAUAGCUCCCAAUGCCAGACUCUAUUUUACAGAUUUACAAAAAACUGGAAAUCCACAAUUAUUAAUACCUUCAUCGUAUCAAACUGACAUUUUCAAACCUGCGUAUGACACCGGAGCAAGAAUUUUCUCAAAUUCAUGGGGAGCAAGUGCUGAAGCUUACUUUUCAUGUAGUUAUGAUUGUAAGGAUUGUAUUUGGAGAGUUUCAGUGAGUGGUUAUAGAGCUGGACAGAGAGUGAGUGAUGACACUUGUCGAGCAUUGUUUGGAAGUGACACUUGUUGCUCUGUUUUCAACAAGUAUAACGCUCAAUGUCAAGAUGUGGAUCAAGCAUUAUGGAAGAAUCAAGAUAGUAUCAUUCUUUUUGCACAGGGUAAUUCUGGAGCAAUUUCUUCGAAAGGAAAUGUUGGAUCUCCUGCAGUUGCAAAGAAUUCAGUCUCUGUAGGUGCCAGUAUGACUUCAAAUGCUGCAUUCCAAGAUUCAGUUUAUUAUGAAGAUUAUAAAAACAAAAUUCAAAAUGCCGGAUUGCCAUUCUCUACUACUGCGGAAUGUUGUUCCUAUGUUGGAGAGAAGCAAGAUAUUGUUCGAGGUUACUGCUGUCCAAGUGAAGUGAAAAGCAAGUAUACCAACAAUCCAAGUAUUUACAAUGAGAACAAUUUGGCUUACUUUAGCUCGAGAGGUCCAGCUGUUGGUGACAGAAUCAAACCUGACGUCACUGGAAUUGGUUACAAUGUUGUUUCUGGCCAUUCGGAUGGUUCUACUAGCACAAAUCAGUGCAGUACUAUUGGUCCAGUUCAAGCUAAUUCAGCAGCCCUCAUGACCAAUCAAGGAACUUCGAUGGCAACUCCAUUGACUGCUGGAGCCGUUGCAUUAUUAAGAGAGUUUUUCCAAAACAAGAAGAGUAUUAUCACUCCAAGUGGUCCAUUAUUGAAAGCUGCUCUCGUUCAUAGUUCCAUUCCCAUGUCAGGUUCAGUUGCAUACUCUACCGAUGAAACUCAACGACGAAAACUCUCCCAGUUGGGAACUCCAAACUCUUACGAAGGUUUCGGUCGAGUUUUUUUGGGAAGUUUAUUGAACAAUCAAGAUGGCACUCCAUUAAGUAUGAGUAUUAAUGAAAAAUCCUUCUCCAAUACUGGUGAAUCUCUUCGAUUAUGUUUUAAGAGAAAGAGUACUCAAACUGUGAAAACUUCUCCAUUCUUUAAGGCUACACUUGCUUGGUAUGAUUAUCCUGGAAGUGUUGCUGUCACACCUCAAUUAAUCAGUGAUUUGAAUUUAUUUGUUAAUACCUAUGUGAGCAGUAGUAGCAGUAGUGGAAAUGACAAUUCAAAACCUUCACAACUUACAGUCAUUGCUGGUAAUUAUGGAAACAAAUUGGACACAACGAAUAAUGUCGAAAGAAUUGUUGUGGAACAAUUGCCAGAAGUCUCCAAUUCAGACAGCAAUUCUUCUGUUUAUGUGAGUGUUGCAGUUUAUAUUACAUCAAUCAUGACAGGUGUGAGUCAACCAUAUGCCUUGUUAUUGACCUAUCCAACUGAGAUGUUUGAACAAGUAUCAACAGAUUCAUGUGUCUAUAGCACGGACUUGCCUGUUAUUAUUUCGGAUGGAGCAAUUGCUGGAAUUGUUAUUGGAUCAUUGUUGGCAGUGGUAUUGGUAGUAGCUGUGAUUGCAGUCAUUGUGUAUUUGGUGUUGAGAAGCCGUAAGGGAAAGGUACCUUCUCAACCAGGUAUGCAUGAAAAUCUCAUUUCAGAUUAUGCUUAUUAUAGCAAGAGAAAUUAA